UUUGUGUUUGUACAAAAAGGAGCUGUAGCUGAUCAUAUGCUGUAUAAUCUGCUUGUCGAAAGAUUGCAAACGAACAUAUUGUGAACAAGCUGCAAAAAAGAGGUACUAAUACCCAUUGCGCAGAACGCACGAAGCCCGCAAAAUUACAUCGGUGUCGUCAGAGGGCCACGGGUUAAUAGCGUGUCGAGAGAAGCAACGGCAAGGCAGCAGCAGUGUAGACGCGAGGGGAUUUGCAGGCACCCGGUUGUCCUGUCACCCAGAAAGUGACAGCGGAGGAACGAAAAAGAGACGGAAAACAGGCAAGGGGAUGUAAGUCCUCGCAGCCCGGCCUGACAUGUUCGGUACUCCUCACGGUCCACGCUCGCGAAAACACCAGCUUACCAGAACCAGCCACAGCUUUCAUUUCCAACAAAGCGCCUUGUGCUAGUCGAAGCAACAGAAGAAACCGGUAUGCAACGUCCUUCUCGUGUGCCGCCGGCCUCGUGCGCUGUUGACUUGCACCCGUGAUUGCCCCAUCACUGGCGUUGAGACGACUGGCAGCCGCUGCCAAGAGCGUAUCUGAAGGAAGGAAGAAGUGAAAGAUUGAAUGCAACGUGGAUUCUGACACGGUAGCUAGCGGGACAGGUACCGGCAUAGGCUUGCGCCAAGGGCAAGUAUACAAUGCCAUCGAUGUAUCGAGCAACAGAAUAGGACAAAACGUCAUCCUCGACGCCGGCUGGAGCUGGAGAGGCUCGCGGAAAAGCAAGCAGUGGGAAAAAGAAGGGGAGGAAACACAAAACAGUGAAGCAAAGAACACGAAUAAGCCCAUGUAAUGAUAAUCGAAUGCGUUGGUCGGUGCCCCGAAGAAUGCACCUCCAUCGAAACUGACGGCAGCAUGCUAGUUAUAGUAGUGAAACACGGAUGGCGGCGGGGUCAUGGCUACUGAGGAGAGUUAACGCUCUUCUAACCAGCCAACCACAGACGACUUGUCCCCUACCACCACUCAACAGCCGGUAUCUUCGCGUGCCUGCCUUCGAUAACAAGGAGCCGAGAUUUUGACUGUAGCCAGCAAGCUAUCACCCAAGAGUUAGGCAAGCAAGGUUUCGCGUCAGGGAAUCUGCCCAGAAAUUCGGGCUGCGUGGCCGCGAAACUCAGAUAUGUUGAAACCGCCUCUCUCGUUUCGCUUUCAACGAGACGCUGUGGCCUCUGUCGCCAUUAACGACGGUCUUUAGCUCUCCUCGCUUCGAUCGUCGUACCGCAGAAGAGACGAUAGAGAACAAUACGCAAUGCCGUAGGUAAUAUGCAAAGCAGGCAAUAGGGAAGACAUUCAUUGGAGCCCUUCUGAUGCUAGUCGUGAUACUGGUAUUGCGACUGUGGGAUAUUACGAUGCUUCGACAAUGGCAAUUAUAGUGACAAUAAAAUGAAUUGUAUGCCUGUACAAUGUUUGACUGGACAGUGGCCGGACGAUGCACUGAGACAUUGGGUACCAAUCAUAGAGGAUGAAAGCGAACAAAAUGGGCUGGAACAAAUAGGGCAAAGGGACCCAGCGAGCAGACGCAGACGCAAGCGUGACACGGGGCUUGUUCUAUGAAGGGUCAAGAAGAGCUUCUAUGAGACGCAGUAAGAGCGAUUGAGAUAGAGGCAAACAAUAAAACCAAGAGCCCCCUUUCUCCUUGCAUACGAGUGUCCUCAGAAGAGAAAGGACAAGCCAGAGAAUAGAAAUCAGCGUCGAUCCACCUGGAGAGGCUGUCUGUGAGUCGUGUCGGGCGGCGUUACCUACCUGGGCUCUCUCUGGACCUUACUUGUCGCCUGCCGAAUUUCCACCGCUGUCACUGCUGUAACACUCAGCGUCAAAGCCGCUAAGAAGGAGGCGGAUCGAAAGCGAAGAAUAGAUUUGUCAUGGAGAGUAUUUCCACCACCACCAUGACCCACCAAGAAUAAGCGGAAGAGUCCGAUAGGAAGAACAGAGGGCUGAGCUAAAAGCUGAGCAGUUUUUCGUGCUACACCUCAGUCUUCAGACUUCUUUAAGCAAGGCGCGUGCGUAUAGCUAGUGGGCCAGUUGCUUUGAACGUGUCUGUAGUUCGCGCUGAAGCAUUUCAAUCUCGUAGGAUUUUACAAUCGGAAAUUUUUUCCUUCUUUCCGCAAAUAUCUUUAGUUCACAGCUGACUCUACUAGAGGUUCUAUCGUUACUACUAAACUGGUGUGGAUCGCUAGGCCUAUAGUGCCGGGACUCAGCAAUUAAUUGUUUCACCCUUAGAAGAUUAAAUGUGCUGGAUCAUUACAGGCUGUAGUGUGGUUUGGCGUAAGCCGGCCAUUCUUCAUGGCCUGGCAGUCACGCACGGUCGAGCGGCUUUUGCGAACAGGAUUCUUCGAGUAGUAUUUGCAACCGCCUACGCUUUUAGUCUGCUAGCCGGAUCAGAUGAUUUUCUAAAAAACGACGAAGGCAAGCGCCUUUCCACGUGCGUUCGGCUGUUCGUGUUCGUCCAUAAAAUGCACGCCGUUUACGUAGCGCCGGCGAUCUCACUCGUUGAAGCUUGCAUGCGACCUCCACCGCCGGCAGCUCUUUCUUCGCGCAUAGCCUUUCCGAAAAGUCAUACCACUUUCAAGAUUACGCUCCUCCUAUCAGCCCUGACAAGUCUGGCUUUUGAAGAGAUAGCAGGUCGAGAACAACUCGCUCUCCGUAUCUGUCGUCUAUACCUUCGUUUCAGCAGUUAUACAAUUAUGGAACUGUAUCUCGAAAAGAGUAGGGUGUUGCUCGUCUCGCUCGCCAAACUUGAUCAAAAAGUUAACGGCGAUUUCGACGACAUUCCCGUAACGCGGGUCGCAACGUCGGCGGAGUCUUGGUCGACCGUUGGUAGUGGCCGAUACACGACGGCUUAUCGCUGUUGGCGGCUUAUCGAAAUGAAGGCUCGUGUACGAGAUAGUACCCGAUGGUUGAAUCGCUCAUUUGGGGCACAACUGUUGGUGUUCUAUGCAUCGACGGCUGUGAAUCUCUCGUGUUUAGCUGGUGAACUCAUCAUCGUCGCGCACCGAACACCCGAUGCUCUCUGGAGUGUUGCUCCGCGAUUAAUCGAGUGUAUGGCUGCAAUGUCGCUGGCAGUGUUUAUAGCUCAGUUAGGCUCAGGAAUUAUCUCACUCUGUCUUGGGACGCAGUUUCGAAUCAGGGCAGAAAACCGUUUAGCAGACGAAAUUCGCCAGGUACUGGCAUUUCGCCAGGAAUGGGACGCUCUUCGCAUCAUUGAUAGCGCUACGCAUGAGCUUCCGACACUCGCUGGUGCCGUCGUUAACAUAGUGACGCUUGUGGCAAUCGUCCUUCAAUUCGAUGUCACUGUUACCGAGUCUGUAUUCGGUAAUGACAAUGGAGAGCAAUGUAAAGAUGUUAAUCGUAACUGCAGUCCAAUGAAAGACAAUCCUGCGGACUAAAAAAGAAUUUAGAUUAGAGGCUUAUGUCAAUUCUAAAUUUAUUAUUAUACAUAAACAUUUAUUCUAUAUACACCUAUUUACAAAAUGCGACACACCAUUCUCUAUAAUUCAAAAAGCACGAUUAUCGUAAGAUAUAUUUCAGAUCUUGUUAACCGAAAUAGCGAGUAUCUUGGUGAACUAGGAGCUGGUCAAAUAUUUAGUGCAAUACAAUAAAGCUUAAGUGCACACGAAGCUAUUUAGAAAUGUAUACUCGUUGUGUUUCUGUAAGCGCAGAAGAUUCUUCUUACACACAAUUAUAAGAUGAGAUUAAAAGGAUGAGUUAAAGAUAAGACAUAUAAUAAGUUCAUCUAAAAGUGAGAUUGCUUUUAUGCAUAAUACGAGAAACGUCAAAUACCUAUCUCUGACCACUAGCUCUAAAUCAUAGAAGCUUUGUAUUGUAGAAGGAUUGUAUUGAUAGGUUCCACUGCCAGGAUAUCUUAUUAAAAAGAAACUUAAACUAAUUAUGUACUUAACUAAAUUCAACAGAAGCAACAGUUCCUUGUAAACACAUGCGAGGAAGCCGUCAUGUGCCCCCGAAGUAAAUAAACGAGCAGUUUGCCCAUCCGAACGGGCUCAUGCCGCUGACUUUGUGUCCCGUUCGUCGGGACAGUAGGAAGCUGAGGCAAAAUUGUGGUAGACCACUUGAAGGAAACUGUAGUAGUGGCAGUUGGCCUGAUUCGGUCCGCCAGGACGAGCCAGGACGAGCGCCGCUAUACGACCCCCACGAGAGUCGUUUAUUACCCCGUCUAACACAAUUGCUAUUCAGCUUUCGCUCGAGUCUCGAUAGAACCCAACUAGAUUUCCUUGCCUCUAAUUGGUCAGGAUAGGUCGGAAAGCCUUGAAAGGAAGCACACUUUUAUCUGAAAUAGGGGUAGUUGCAGGGGACCGCUUACGGCUUAGGUAGCGUCGGGAAAGACGAGAACUGCGCGGCCCCAGUGAUGCUAGUGAGCCUUGUAGGUUCCGUAUGAACUACAAACGCUAUGUCAGCUCGCUGUUAGUACUGUUUACCCCUUGGCUGGCGGUCCGUUAUCCUUCUGGCCAUGUAGGAUGCCUAGACGCUACAUGAAAUGCAGGUAACAGCUAAUACUUCAGCAUCGGGUAUCGGCCAAUAGGGAACGCGUUACUUAGUGCUAUGUGGAAGCGUAACAUGGAUAAAUGAUGCUAAAAUAGACUGAAAACAGGAUUGAGCCGUAAGUAUCGUCCACUAAGGGUCACACGCGAGAUGCGUCGAAUCUGAAUGUUAGAAUCACUUCUAUGUGAAAUAGAAUUCAUUGUGCUUAUUAAUAAUGUAUCGGUCUUUACCUAUGAUUUGUUGUGCGACAGUUCUAGUCGCUUGCGUCAGACAGACUUGUGCAGCUCAUCGAACUCACUGCUCGGCGACCAUAGAACGAUUCUUCAAUGAUCGAACAAAACCGUGAGGAGCACCUUGGUUGAGGGUCUGCAUCGUGUGACUUUCUCCUAUUGCGGUUUGUUUUUGAACCGAUGCUCAGAAAAUGGCGUCUCAUUCUCUCCAUCGAAAACGUGCCGGGCGGUCAAAAUGCGCUGAAUAUAAGGCAUCUUUUUUUACCAGUUACCUUAUAAUGAAUGAUUCAGCGGUCACCAAACACGAGUUAUUUCAUUCCUUUCACAUUCUCGUCCGGAAUCGCUAUCACAAAGACUUCGGAAUGAGGAUCGUCUUCGGUGGACUUCUGCACAUCUUCGAAAUGCUCGAGCCACUGGCUCACCUAAACUUUUCUUAGAGUCUGGCUUCAGUGAGCACUCAGCAACAUCUGCAGAGCGGGCGUACGGUUGCUUUUAUUUUUAAGACAAAACCUGAUGCACGUUUGUUACUCUGUUUGAAAAAAAUUGCAUGACGCUUAAUACAAAUUUCGCCGGAAGAAGCGAGAUUGCAUCGGAUUGUUAUGAAAUUUCAUCUGUCUAUAACAGAAGCCCUGGUAUUUUUGCGGAGACAAUUGUUAUAGCGAAAAUACUCAAAGGACUCAUUUAUUUCUGAGUGUAGUCCCGUACUAUAACAACAAUAACUGAAUCUUCUUUACCAAACUAUAUUACGUCUUGCAUCCCGUUUCAACAAAAGUCAGAUGCCAAAUUAUUGACCUGGCCGUUACACUACCGUUAAUGCGUGGACACAUUUGGGAUAUAUGUAGAAUUAAGUUUCGCUUACGAGGCAUAUUAAUUUUGCAAAGAAACACCUAAAUAACAUUGAAGUCUGAUGAAUGAAAACUUUCCGGUGCUCAGUGUUAUCGAAUCGUUCUACGCAAAUAUAUUGCAUUGAUGAGCUUUGCGUGUAUUACGAUGCAGACGGCAAUUUCCCAUUUAACGUCAGAUUCUACGAGCUGUUAAGUUUCAG